AUGGAUAAUGGACUCAACUUGACAAGACAGUUGAUGGAGAGAGAGUUGAGAGGUGAGGUCGGUAGGAUACAGAGAAGAGGAGGAGGAGGAGGAGGAAGAGGAGGUAGUAGGUUAAGGGAUGAUUAUAUAUCAUCGGAUUAUGCGAUGCAGACUAUGAAGUUAACUGGUCAGUUCCUUGGACAUGAUGAAUGUGUCAAUACCAUCGCAUUCAACUCAAGUGGCUCACUCGUUGUCUCUGGCUCAGACGACGAAUCCGUCAAGAUAUGGGACUACAACUCAAGGGAAUGCAUUGAUACAUUAUAUGGACAUACAACUAAUGUGUUUACGGCAGAGUUCAUACCGGGAUCGAAUGAUCGUCAUGUGGUCAGUGGCGGUAAUGACUCGGAUGUUAUAUUGUAUGAUAGGGAUGCUAGGAUAUCGACGGUGUUCACACAUCAUACAAUGAAGAUACUCAAGAUAUCGGUGAAUAAGAGACAACCUGAUUGCUUCCUGUCUUGUUCGAGCGAUGGCACUGUACGCAUGUUUGACGUGCGCCAGCCCUAUGCCAAGAGCUACUCAAAGACCAUCCCGGCCGAGGGCCACAUGGGCGGCGGGGAUCAAGACGCGCGCAUCCUGCCACAGAUGUUUGGCGGUGGACGCAGCGAUCGCAGCACCAGCCGAACUCAAAAGGAGAGUCUGAUCGUGGACUUUGACAAGGACAGUCGCAAUCUCCGUCGCAACACCUCCUCCAAUCGCAUCCCCAAGACCACCGUAUUCUCCGUCGACUACCAUCCACUCGACGGAUACACAUUUGCAACAGCAACAUCAGAUGGUGCUGUCAGACUAUUUGAGAACCUGCGCAAGCCAUUACAGAAUGAUGGAUCAUCCUAUGAGACGACUGGAUGUGUGUUCAGUAAUAAUGGCGAUGAACUACUGGCCACCAACUCAUCAGAUAGUCUCUACCUCUAUGAUGUAAAGAGGAACUUUGCCAAAGAGUUCAACCUGGAUUACUUCAAGGACUACUCGGUGAAGAAGAGACCAAGGACUACAACAUCGACGGACACGGAUCCAAAUGUACAGACAUCCAAACAGAUGAGACAUAGUAGUGAUGGCGAAGGCAGCAGCGGCACCAGCAGCGGCGGCAAUGAUGUAAAUAAUAACAACAACAACGACAACGACGAAGACGAAGACGGCAAGGCAACAAAGGAGGAGGACAAUGAUGGAGAGGAUGUGGACGUGGACUCCAGCCACGAUGACGAUGGAGACGAUGACGAUGACGAUGACGAUGACGAUGACGAAGAUGACUCAUUGGAAAUGGACGCAGACUAUAUAAUGUUCAAUCAAUUGGAUGAUGACGAAGACGAUGGAAUUGCCGAUGAUGAUGACGAGGCUGCAGUGGUGAAGACUUACAAACAAAAGUAUGAUGGACAUAUAUCGAUUAGAACGAUAAAGUCCUGCAGCUUCUAUGGCCCGCACUCAGAGUAUGUCAUGACCGGCAGUGACGACGACCGUGUGUUCAUCUGGAACAAGGUCACAGGCAAACUGAUGCGCGUACUAGAGGGCCACGACAACAUUGUCAACUGCUGCGUGGGCCAUCCAUGGCUACCGGCAAUCAUCAGCAGUGGUCUGGAAAACGAUAUCUUCUUGUGGGAGGCCGACGACGAGUAUCCAGACGAGCAACAAUACAAGAACAGACAGACCAUGCUCUCCAAGAUGACCGAGCCCAAGAACAAGACCCAACGCAACCGAUCGAUCGACCGUGUUGGCUACACUCUAGUUGACGCACCAUCUUGUACACAACAAUAA